AUGAUUCCCUCCAAGAAAACGGCUAAAACAUCUUCUUCCUCUGCUUUGCCAUCCACCGAUCCCCCACCGUUCGAUGUGUCUACUUCGACGGCCCAAGAAUGCCUUAUUGCCCUCUGCGGUGAGGAUCACAGCACCGAAGCCAUGGAGUCCAUCCUUUCCCACCGCCCGGAGAUUAUGCUCAGCAGCCAAAGCCUCCACCACUACAAAACGGCGUUGCUCUGCGACUCUACCUCCGGCAGACUCAAAUGCCUCAACGACGCCAUCGAGUCCUCACGCCAAGAAUGCCUUAUUGCCCUCUGCGGUGAGGAUCACAGCACCGAAGCCGUGGAGUUCAUCCUUUCCCACCCGGAGAUUAUGCGCAGCAGCCAAAGCCUCCUCCACUACAAAACGGCAUUGCUCUGCGACUCGACUACCGGCAGACUCAAAUGCCUCAACGACGCUGUCGAGUCCUCACGCCAAGCUCUAGCGCUUUCCCCGAACUCCAUCUCCUUUGCACUCUUCCACGCCGUCUUGCGCUUCCAACUCGCCCGAAACGACGCCGGUUCGUACGAUGCCGUGGUCCAGGAAUGCGAUCACGCGUUGCUGAUCCAGAACCCGACGGAGCCAGGGUACAAAGUCCCGGUCCAGGCUUCGCGGCUUGAGAAGAUCAGGGAGGUUAUCGUGGAGCUGGCAGAGAAAUCCAAGUGCCGGAUCAUCGUUCUUGAAGGUGGGAACAGGAGGGACAAAUGGAAACGGCUCGUAGAGGAUAAUUCCCUGGUGAAGGUAAAGGCCGAGUUUGAGGGUGCCCAACUGAAAAAGUGGGGGAUCCCAGGGCGGAGGGCGCCUCCGGAUUUUGAUCUGUUGGCAAAGAAAAAGAAUAUCAAGAAACACAAGGAAUUCGAGUCCAACGACGUCGCUACGAUCAGUCGAGUCAGGGCGUUCUGGAACGACAAGAUGAGUGUGAAAGAAAAGAGGAAGUUGUUGAGAAUCGGGAUCGAAGAUCUCAAAGUGUAUUUCGAUAAGAAUAAGUUUCGAAUGGCAAAGAAGCUUUUGACGGAAGCGAUUGAUUACACUAAGGCAAAGAAGAUUUGGAGGUUUUGGGCGUGCUCUUACUGCGAAGACAGGGUUUUGGAUCCAGAUAUCGAGAAGCAUCUUAUGGGUCAUAUACCUACUUUAUCCAUAUCGGAUAGUUGUCAAUCUCUUUUGCCGGAUGGAGCUCCCGAAUGGGCAAUUCAUAUGGUCAAAAACGGCAUUUGGAAGCCAGUGGAAUUGAUUUCCGCCUCCGCCACCACCGCCAGUACUGCAGAUUGGCCUAAUUAUGUUGAAGACAGUGAGCGGGCAGAAAUGAUAAAGAGAAUUCGUGCGAAACUGCAAUUGUUUACGGGUAGAAAAUGUCUUGUUUGUAGCACUCUGGAUGCGCUGCAGAACUUGAUAAUCGAAUUGCUGCAAAAAAACCAUAAUAUUCCUAAAUCUGUGAUUAUGGAUCUUUGGCUUCACGAAACACCCCAAUUGAUAUGCUCUUUGGAAGCUCCGGAGCUCAAUCUUGUUCUUCAGUUGUUGGAAGGUUUGGAAAAAGCUUGCGCUUUGCAUUGUCUUGGUGAUAUCAUUUCGGAGGAAGACGUUAGAGGCAAUAACUGGUUUUGGGGCAACACUCGAGAGAGUGUUUUUUUCAGCAGUGACUUAUCAGCUCUCCUUUUCGAUGUCCGGUUCUUGCGAGGAGAGACUGUUGAGCCGGACAAUGGAAUUGCAGUGUUAACUUCAAUUAAUGCUGAAGAUUUUUGUGUUGCUGAUUGUGAUAGUGAUGCUUUUGUUUCUUGGCUAUGGACGGAAGGUCCUACAAUUGGGGAGCAAAUAAAGAAAUGGAAAAGUCUGAGAAAAGCUAGCCAACGUCUGGGAAUGAAGUUGUUAUGUAGUGUUGAUGAAAAUAGGAAAAGGGGUUAUGUAUCCCUCUUGUUCAAACGGUGGAAAGAGCUCGAGAGUAAGAGUGAGGAUGAUGAUGGUGCUGCUGCUGAGUUGGAUAUCAUAUGGAGUAUUAUGAAGGAAUUAGAAGAAGUAGAUUUUGAAAUUCAAAUGGCAAUCCAUAGGCAGAAAAAUCGUCUGGCUCAAAAGCUUUACCAACUUGAUGUUAUAAUCGCGGCGACUUGUGCUGCGAUGGGGCAGACGGGGCUGAAAGCUAGGAUGAUAACUAUGUUUGACUACCGGUUUGCUUUGGUGCCCCAAUUGAAGUCAUUCAUGAAGGCGCAGCUGGAGGAUCUGGCCAACAAAGAUGCUGCAGAAAUAUCUAAUCCCACCAGUGUGCCUGUUGUUGGUUCAAGUGAGCAGCAGCAUCCGAGUCAAUCCGGAUCUGCAGCCCCCUUGCCUGUCAGACGCUUUGAUUUUGGACCAUUUGCUCCCCCUAACUGCCUGUCAUCUUUCAAAAAUAAUUUGAGCAGGAUCAUACUGUUUGAGGCACUUCCUCAUCUGCCCUCCCUGUCAAGGAGCUACAGCCAAAACUCAGAGUCUUAUGCUCCAGCUGAUGGAAAGUAUGAAUUGAGAGAAGUGAGAAGGUCAGGAGCUGCUAUUACUUCUCUUCAACAAGAUAUUGAUAAGGCUAUAAAUCUGGAUAGCUCUACUUUUCCUACAUCUUUGGAUAAGGAAAAGAGUAAAAUGGGAGAAGAGGAGGUGUUGAUGAGAGGGUUUUCCCCUACUUUAUGA